UUAUCCGUGCUAAGUAUCAAAUGACGUCACUUAAUCAUGGCGUCUGUGUUAUUGAGGGAGAAUGAUGUGCCUGGGUUUUCAUUUGAAAAUUGCCAAAGGAAUGCCUUUCUUGCAAGUAAGGGAUUUCCUGCACCCAGAGCGGUGAAGACAGGGACAACAAUCGUCGGAAUAUUAUACAAAGAUGGUGUAAUCCUUGGAGCUGAUACUAGGGCUACAGAGGAUACUAUUGUAUCUGAUAAGAACUGUUCCAAAAUUCAUUAUUUAUCUGAAAACAUAUACUGUUGUGGUGCUGGUACAGCAGCUGAUACAGAGAUGACAACUCAACUGAUUUCAUCUCAAUUAGAACUACAUCGACUAAACACAGGAAGAAUUGUUCCUGUUGUUACUGCAAACAAAAUGCUAAUGCAGAUGUUGUUCCGUUAUCAGGGCUACAUAGGAGCUGCUCUUGUCCUGGGUGGAGUUGACAACACUGGUCCACAUCUGUACUGUAUCUACCCACAUGGAUCAUCUGAUAAACUGCCCUAUACCACUAUGGGCUCUGGUUCUCUUGCUGCAAUGGCUGUGUUCGAGUCCAGGUGGAAGCCAAAUAUGAAUGAGGAGGAGGGUAAACAGCUGGUUAGGAAUGCUGUUGCAGCAGGUAUCUUCAAUGAUCUUGGAUCAGGCAGCAAUGUGGACAUCUGUGUUAUCCGUAAAGGCUCUGUGGAUUACCUCCGGCCUUUUGAUGAAGCAAAUAUCAAGGGAAAGAGGCAAGCAUCAUACCAUUACAAGAGAGGUACUACAGCCAUAUUAACCAGCAAGACUGUGCCUAUAGAUAUUGAAGAGGUGUCAGUACGCACAAUUGAGCCAGCUGAAUCAAUGGACAUAUCCACUUAAUCUUGAGAUCAUAGAAGAAACAGAAUUACUAAUUCUUUGCUAUGGGAUGUAUCUCUCUCUCUUUGAGGCAUUUGACCACUUAAUAAAGCUCUUCACAAAUUA